GUUUUGGUUGCUUGUCCCACUUGCUUUGCCGUAGUACAAUUUCCUCUGCGGCUUUACUUCUCUUAGCACAUUUGGCUACCACCGACUGCUCUCUUUAAUGAUGAAUUGAACACAAACGUUACAUUUUACGUUACAUCAUUAGACUACUCGUUUGGUACCGUAACAUUAUGGCGUCUGCGUUUGUUGUCGGAGAUCACUUCAAGAUGGGUGUGACGGAACUGUUGGAAAAGACGGACUCUUCUCUGCCUGAAGGACUGAGACAGAAACUGAAUAUUAUUGUAGAAAAGACAGGACAAACAACGCUGCCGUUCAGUACAGCGAGACAAUUAAACGUGUACUUGAAGGAUCAAGGGUAUCCUUUGUAUUUGCAUGAAUUGCUAGAGGACAGCUCACUGCACCUACCUGGAUUUGUCAAGCCACCCAGAAAUCCUGAGCUGGUCGCACGCUUGGAGCUCAUUAAAGCCAGACUAGCAAAUGAAGAAUACAACAAGAUGACGCGUAAUGUAAACAAUCAGGAAAUGAAUCGAAAUGGAACACUGGCAGAUUUUGGACGGGAAGUACGAUCAGCUAAAGCGGUGGUUGUGACCGUUUUCAACUUCCUGGUGACAGUCGUUGCUACAUUUGCAUGUUCCUACAUGGGCAGUCAGUACCUGUUCACAGAAACAACACCUCGAGUCGUGUCUGCUGUGAUUGCAACGUCUGUUGUCGGUCUUGCUGAGCUGUUUGUCCUAGUCCGGACCAUGGAGGGAGAACUCGGGGAACCCUAGCACAACUAACAAGGGCAUGACGCUCAAGUCAGGGAGGAAAAGCUGCAAAUAGAAGCAUAAGGUCAUUGGCAGUGUCUCAAAUGGAACACGUACGUUAGUAUUUCAAUAAAUACUGCGUACACUCUGGCCACACAUUUUGACAGUGUAGUGCCGUACCAGAUUCAUUAUUAAUUUUGCUUAUUUACAGGAAAUAAAAAUUACCAACAA